AUGGAGCCGGAGGAGCGGAAGAUCUCGGUGUGGAUCUGCCAGGAGGAGAAGCUGGUCUCCGGGCUGUCCCGACGGACCACCUGCUCGGACGUGGUGCGGGUGCUGCUGGAGGACAGCCACCACCGGCGGCAGCGGCCGGCGCCGCCCGAGCCCGGCGGCGGGAUGCUCUCGGGGCCGCCGCACUCCUACUGCAUCGUGGAGAAGUGGCGCGGUUUCGAGCGGAUCCUGCCCAACAAGACGAAGAUCCUGAGGCUCUGGGUGGCGUGGGGGGACGAGCAGGAGAACGUGCGCUUCGUGCUGGUGCGCAGCGAGGCCUCGCUGCCCAACGCGGGGCCGCGCAGCGCCGAGGCGCGCGUGGUGCUCAGCAAGGAGCGCCCGGGCCCCGGCCUGGGGGCGGCCCGCGCCAGCCUGGCGCUCACGCAGGAGCGGCAGCGGCGGGUGGUGCGGAAAGCCUUCCGCAAGCUGGCCAAGAUCAACAAGAAGCGGCAGCAGCCGCUGGCCCGGGACGCCUCGUCGGCGGAGAGGAUGGAGACGCUGGUGCACCUGGUGCUGUCGCAGGACCACACCAUCCGGCAGCAGAUCCAGCGGCUCCGCGAGCUGGACCGCGAGAUCGACCGGUACGAGGCCAAGAUUCACCUGGACCGCAUGAAGCGGCACGGCGUCAAUUACGUGCAGGACACCUACCUGGUGGGGGCCGGCGGCGCGGAGCUGCAGCCCCAGCCCGAGCCGGGGCCCGAGCCGGGGCCGGGCGGGGAGGCCCCCGCCGCAGGCUGCCCCGAGGAGGAGGACGGGGAUUACGCUAGGAAGUGCGAGGAGGUGCUGCGGCUGCAGGAGCAGCGGGCGCAGCAGGAGGAGCUGCUCGAGCACCUGGCCGCCGAGAUCCAGGAGGAGCUCAACGAGCGCUGGAUGAAGCGGCGGCGGGAAGAGCUGGCGCUGGCCGCGGGGCCCGGCGUGGCCGAGACGGACUGCGACACCACGGAGGUGAGCGGCGGCGGCGGCGAGCUGCACCUGGAGCACGAGCGGGUGAAGACCCAGCUGAGCACUAGCCUCUACAUCGGGCUCAAGCUGAGCACAGACUUGGAGGCGAUCAAGAUCGACCUGGACUGCACGCAGCGGGCGUGGGAGGACAAGGAGCGGGAGCUGCAGCGCCUGCUGGAGACGCUGGGCAGCCUGGACGUGGCGGAGGCGGCGGCGGAGCGGCGCGGGGCGGCGGGGGGCAGCGCGGCCGGCUGGGUGGAGCAGGCGCGGGCGCUGCGCAAGGACCGCGCCGACAGCGGCGAGGACUCGGACACGGGGCUGAGCUCCAUGCACAGCCAGGACUCCGACUCGGUGCCCGUCUGCGAGUCCCUCGUGUAG